GAAUCAACAUAUAAGAGGCAUCCUGCUGCACAGCCUGAUUGGCAGCGCAUCAUCCCUCAGAUGCAGAUGGGUGGAUCAUAAAUUCCAGCAACUGAGCUCCAAUGCGAUACGGUGUCUAAAUGAGAUGGCCAAUACCUCUUUGAACGACAGUGACAACUCAGACAUGGUCCUUGCUGAUUUUCCACAACAUCUCUACAUGCUGGCAUCCGCAGCUACAGAUGAACAUCGACUUCACUUUGUGGUGCAAGUUCUGGACGAGGUGGCCAAGCUGUUCCAGGAGGAUCACAGUUCAGCAGCAUGGGGAGAAGUCACAGUGGAUCACUUUCUUCAUUCUGUGACCCAGCAAGCAAAUGGACUUCGUUCUUGUUAUCAACACUUGAACCGUAAAAACAGGAGGCUGCACAUGUACUUCAAGACACUGGCUUUCGACCUUCAGCAAAUGGAGUACAGUGCUGAAGCCUGGGAGAUGGUCAGAGCAGCCGUAAAACUUCAUCUCUUCAGAGCCCAACUGCUUGUCCAGCCACCGAUGGCUGGCCAGUGA